AUGCCAGAACAGUGUCGAGGUGUUGUUGUCGAACGAGCGCCCGAAAACGACCCCAAAAGUGCCAACGAGGACGUGGUAGAGGAUCUCGAUGCCGACCAAGAGCCAGAACAAAUAGGAAGCAUGAAAAUAACUGCCGAGUUUGACGAGAUGGUCGUUUGGGGACACGAGACCGUGGCAGAUGCCAGUGCAGAUCCUUAUGUUCGCAGUAUGGAGGAGUGGCUUCAGAUGGCCGAUCGGAUUCACUCUUACUCGCCCUCUGCAGACACGACACAAAAAUAA